CUCAGUUUUUUGCAGCUGUCACUGGAAAUUUUCUUUCCAGAUCGUGCUCGUGAAAAAGUGAAUUUUCCCCAAUAAAUACCACAUUUCCCGUGAAAAUUGCAAUGUGAAUCCCCAACUAAGCCCCUCAAGUUCAAACUCACAGUAUUAUUUGCACCACGCGAAGCAAAAUAGAGGCUAAAUUUGAUGUGAUCUUGUGCGUGUGACAGUUUUGUGUUUUCUGCGUAUUACCAGGAAAAUCCAGAUAAAGAAUGGGAAUUUUGGAGUCUGAAGCAUACGGAGAUUACUUUUAUGACAUUUUUAUCAGCAAUUUCACCAAGAAAGCAUCAUCGGACAAGGGAUUCAGGACACGUGGAAGGACGAGUGAGAAGAAGGAUGGUCAGAGGCAUGUUGUGCCCGGAUCACUUCUGAGCACUUAUCGGAUGGAAUUGGAACCCAAUUCGUCCAAAUUUGCCGUUUUCUCGUUGAUCAGGGCAGCUGUGCUGGAGGUUGAGGCCAAGUAUGCCCUGAUCUAUGGGGGAUUCCCAAGAAGGGCUCUUGGGAAGGCAUCCUGCUGUGUCCACUGUUCCACACUCUCAGACAAUGACAGUGACGAUAGUGAUGAGUCCGAGGAGACAACUCAGCGAGAAGUUGUGCAAAAAGUGCCCCAGAUUGUGGGUGCUGGACUCAAGAGUCUCUUUGAAUUGAUAGCAGAGGCUCGAAAUAUCCAUCCUAGGCUCUGUACUCGAGCUCUCAAGGCCCUACUGGACAUUAUUCAGGGUCAGAAUCCUGAGAGUUUCAAGUCAGAGCCAGGAGAGAUGAUCAAUCAGCUUUUCGAUUUGCUGCUUGAUCUGGCAACUCUGUAUGAAAGUUCGUCAGUUGGGGACCAAGCUGAUGUUAACAAUUGGUCAGCUAUUGGUUGUUCAGCUCUGUUGGGGCUGUGUGUUGCCCGUGGAGAUACUGGGAAGAUUCUCAGGGCACUCACAGCAAUGCUAAUGUCCCCAAUGCAGCUUUCGUCGCAAUACAUUGCUUUCCCUUUGGUGUUGAACACUCUGCAGAGGAGUGUUAUUUCAGUAGCUCUCAAUAGACCUACAAAACCGGAAUUCUUGAGAAAUGGUAUCCCUCAGAAUUGUCUCCUUGAUCAAUUUUCACUGGCAAAUCAACUUCCUGCCACUUACGCAUUCAAUUUGCAACCGUCAAUUGCUUCAGAUGGAAGGUUUAUCUUCAUUCUGAUGGGGAGGAGUCUUCUGAAGAUUGGAACAGGGUUCAAUGGGACUCUGAAGGGUUAUCUGUACGCAGUGAACAAUGAGUUUGGGAAAGAGACAAAUGGUUGGAUAGGAUAUGCAAGGAAUACCCUUUACUAUCGUCGUUUGUCUAAAAGAAACUUCGACAACGUCUUAAUUGUGGAUACGGAGAAGUUAGCUGUUGUAGAAUCUGUUCACUUAGCUGUCGGUCAAGGUAAAGAUAUCCAGAGUAUCUUGUUCUCAGACGGGGAAUCUUUAAACGUUCUCUGCACAACCAAAGAUGACAGUCUUAUUGUGAAGCAAAUUCUUCCUCCCGUUGCUGGAACAGUCUUUGAUUUACCGCUAAAGUUAGCCAGGAAAACCUUUCGAACUCUCGGCUAUGCGGCCUUUGAAGACGAAGUUCUCAAUCAAAAUCAAAUUCAGAAGAUUCAGUCGUCGUACAAUCCCUUUGAACCAAAACUCAGCAAUGACGUUGAAGUCCUCAGUAUUUGCUGUGGAAAGGAAUUUGGGUUGGUGAGAACACCAACUGGAAAGGUGUACUACUACGGCAAGGCUGCUUCGUUGGGUUUGAAAAGCGUAGGGAAAAGUCCUACGUUGAGGUUGACCGAGUUGAUUGUGUCAAAAUCGGAAAAUAUCGUUCACAUUGCUGUCGGACAUGAUGGAGUUCAUGCCAUUCUCGUAACAGACGACGGUUUUGUCUAUUUCACGGGAACAGCCAGGAGGGGAGAAGAUGGAGACUCAUCCAAGAACCGUAGGCAACCGAAAGCGGUGAAGCCAAAGAAGAUCGGUAAAGUCGAAGUUACCAGUGUUGUCUAUGCUUCGUGUAACAACGGGACGUCGGCUUUCGUUACGAAAAGUGGAAAGCUGGUAAUGUACGGAAAGGAUACAGCUCACUGUGAUUCAUCUGGAUUUGUAACUGCUCUGGCUGAUCAGCAUACGGUUAAGGUCUCUCUGGGUAAGGCUCACUGUGCAGUGCUGAACUCCAAGGGACAACUCUUCACAUUCGGCUUGAACAACAAAGGACAGUGCGGACGAGUCUUCGUGAAGGAGAAGGAGACGUCUCUGAUGGAGACAUCAGAACCGAAGAGCGUUGAAAUUCCAGUAGGAAUCAAAGCCGAACUGGCUCCUAUUUGCGACCCCGAUGAUCAUACUUUAACCCUGGGUCAGUGCAGGGUCUGCACGAUUUGCAGAGAAUGCACGGGGUACAAUACUUCGUGUGUUGUGAUGCAGAGAAUCCCGCAGGAUCAACGUAUCCCAGGAGCAGACUGUGACUGCGGACAUGGUUGUGCAGGAUGUUCAAAAUGUGCAGCUUGCAAUGGUUGCAUCAAUCAACAGGAAAGUGAAAGUGUGUCUGAGAACACAAUUCCGCGUGAUCCAAUCUCCACGGCUUCCCGGGUGAAGUACCGUGGUCCGGUGUUGCGAAAGAAGGAACGGAAGCAUGCUGAGGAAACUAUGGGAUCAGAUGCUGAACGAGAUCAACCCAGAGUUGCUCCUUUGCCUCCGGCCAGAGUUGCCCUGCCCUCUGCUAGUCCCGUUGUUCAGAUCUCUUGCGGACUUCACCAUACCGUUGCCUUGACCAUGGUAGGCGAGGUCUUUACAUUCGGCAGCAAUCAAUACGGCCAACUGGGAACGGGAGACCUCCAACCAGUUGCCGGUCCGCAUCAAGUUAAAGUUUCAGGAACGGUGAUUCAUGUGGCCGCAGGGUCCAAUCACACCGUUCUGAUGACGACAAAAGGAGUAGUCUAUACAUUCGGAAACUACCAAAAGGGUCAACUUGGUAGAUUUCCAAAUGAGUUCCAACAGAGAGAAGAUCCAAUUGUGAAGUACGAAGUGAAGAAUGAACAACCAACGGCUUCUGAAUUGCUGGCUCAGCGUCAGAAGUUCUUGUGGAAUUGCAUCCCAGGACCAGUGAUGGGUAUCGGUCCGAGUUAUGGGAAACGCGCUACUUGGAUAAGUGCUAGUGGAGAUCAAACUUUUGUUAAGAUAGACGAGAGUCUGGUUACCGGAUCAAUGCUAUCAAAGUUGAACAUUGUUGCGGACAAGAACACGAUGCUUCUGAUUCCGAAUGUUCCUCUGUCUUUCGACUGUCUUACAAUCAAUCGACAAGAUGGAACGUGUUCGACUCAUAGCAGAAAUCAAAUUGACUUUACUAAGAUCAUUCAAUCCCAUCAAGCAACCAUUGAGCAAAUGGCGUCGGAUAAAUGCAAUCAGAAUACAGAAGUGCCCAAGGAUGCAACCAAACAGAUGUCUCAGAGUAUCCAUGAAGCUAGGAAUCAACUAUUUGACUUCCAGGAAUGUGGUAAAAGUGGCAAGAAUGUCCAUAAGAAUACAGAGAUUCAGCCACAGCUGGCCUUCACCCUCGAGCCAAGCUAUGGCAAUCUCUGGGCUUUCGAUGCCAUCGCCAAGAAGAUGUACUGCUACAAUGUAAUUGCUGGUGAUAUGAUGAACACUCCUGUUGAUCAUACUUCUGAUUUAAGGGCAAUUCUUUCUUCGCAUUUAGCUCUUCCUUCAAAGGCUGACGUCCCGAUUACGAGAAGUCAAGCUUCGCUGAAUCUUCUAGCUUGCUUGGAUAUUCUAACGUCAUCUUCUGAUAACAUUCCUCAUUGCUUUGAAACACUCGUUGAACAGUCCAUCAAUUCGGCGAAAGAGUCAACCGGAACGGACUUUCAAUCAGUGGUUAGGUUCGAAAACUACGGAGGAGGAUGGGGUUAUUCUGGGCACAGUGUGGAAGCUAUCAGAUUUAUGGCUGACACGGAUGUUCUGAUUGGUGGAUUUGGGAUAUUCGGAGGACGCGGUGAAUACACCUGCAAGCUUAAAGUUUACGAUCUUGGUAUUGAAGGUGGUGGAUAUGAGAAAGAUGGUGUCCUAAUUGCAGAAACCGAUGAGACUCCCUUCGAAUGCCCAGCUAGGAGUCGAUACAAUAUCCUCUUGCAGAAACCGAUAACAGCUUCAGCAGGGAAUUGGUUUCUUGUUUGGAGCAGGAUUUCUGGACCAUCUUCAGAUUGCGGAUCAUGCGGUCAAGCAAGCGUAACUACAGACGAUCAAGUGGUCUUUACUUUCAAGUCUUCGAAGAAAGCUAACAACGGAACGGAUGUUAAUUCAGGACAGAUCCCAUCGAUUCUCUACAAAGUCAUCAACAGAGAGUCAAAGCAGAUCUCCGAUCACUACGAUAUUGAACCCAUUCAUAAGAUAUCCAAGAUGUUUGCAAAUUCCGUUACGAAGGAAUGUUUCGAUAGCUUAGUGUCACUUCUGAACUGGGCUUGGGGGACUUUCAAAAUGUCCCUGGGAGAGUUGAAAGAUCGUCGGAGAUAUCUGCAUGUUCAUUCAUGUCUUGAGAGAUUGGUUUACGUCAACAAGUCUUGUUUGAGACUCCUCAGGAAGUACACAAACGAGGUGUACCCAGUUGUCACGGUUGACAAAGGGGAUAAGAAGUCUAAAUUCUGGGGAGAAUCUAAAGAAGGGGAAAAGAGAAAAUCUUCCAGCUUGACGGUUAACAAAGGAGCUUCAACUUCAAAGAUGACAACCAUCUCAACGAAGCUAUUUACCUUGAAUACAGGAACUGUGGAGACGUCAACACCAACAACAGCUAAGAAAUCCAAUUCGGAGAACUUACUCUUGGCUGAAUGCAUUGGUGAAGUCCGGGCAUUGUUGAUGCAGAUCCUCUGCGAUGAUAUUCAGUUGGAUGCAGAAAGUGAAGCAUUUGAGAUGCUGACAAACAUCCUGGAUGAAUGUCAUGUGACCUUUGUCAGCUGCUUCAAUGCUUUCUACCCAACGUCUACGCUAAAGUGGAACUGUCUGUGUGACCAACUAGCUCAGAUGGACAGAGGAAUCCUUCAUUCGCGACUCUUAAGUGCCAUUUUGGCCGGACUCUGCAGUCCGAAUGUUCAGCUGAGGAAAACUUUUUCUCUGCUGACGCCGAAUCGCGAAAGGAUUUCCCUGGUCAGUCCGAGUGAUAAUUCCGGGCUACCAAUGCUGACAUCGAUGGAGAAUCAUUCGUAUCCGGUACUGGUUGAACAGAUGAUUUACCGUACUCAGCAGGAAAAGAGUGAUUUCCAUGCAAACACUUGGACUUUCAAGGAUGUUCUGAUGAAAUUAUUGAACAUCAUUUCUAAGCCGAUCAGGUCGAAGAUUGAAAACAUCUAUCAUAGUCGUUGUGGAAACUUCCUCAACAUCGACGUUCAGAGGAAUACUAAUCAAGGACUCAUUGACAACUGCUGUCAUUUGCUAGCAAGAGUUUUAGCUGAGAUUGUCUAUGAAAGCUGUACUUUUGACUUUGACGUUGCGCUUCUGCCGUCGAAGAGUCUGCAGUCAACUGGAUCAAGGUAUACAAGAACGGAUUCCAGUCGAACUUGGAAUACGGGAAACUUCGGUCCGGACGCCAUCGCUUUCUCAGUAGACAAAGCUGGAAUAGCGAUCGCUGGGGCUGUCAUCUAUUCAGGAACCGGAAGCUAUGAGUAUCAAUUGGAAUUGCUACAUGAUACAAUGGAUUCUAAGCUUCAAUUUCAAAAUCGGUGGGAGACUCUGGAAUCGACAUCAGGAACGUACGAUCAAGACGUCGUACAGAAUGAUAUGGUCGAGUUGAAGUUCGAUCGUCCGAUUCAAAUAAAGGAACAUGGAAGGUAUGCCAUUCGAUUGUGUUCCCAGGGCUCCCGGACUUGCUCAGGUGACGCAGGAGUGACAUCCCUAAGGGGACCUUGUGGGGCAACCUUCACGUUCUACCCUUGCGAUUUAAGUUUCAACGGAACGACUCCGAUUAGAGGACAGAUCCCUUGCUUACUCUACUACAGUUCUCCCCUCAGAAAUGAGAAUCACACGGGGAAGAUCAUUAACGAGAUGCAUGCAAGAGACACCGUGCUGCAAAUUGCAUCGGAUAUUACGAAGAAAUGCGCCGAAUUGCUCAUUUUAGCGAGGAAUACAGCAGCAAUGACGAUCUCUCCGAGUGAGAAGAGUCCAAAUUCAUCGAAUAAUACCCAAACGAUUGAUUCAGAACACAAUAUAACGCCAAUUGAGGAGCACAUGGAUAUUGCUUGGAGUAAUAAUUCCUACCACAAUACUUCAACAAGCUUGUCCGAAAGCAAUAUGUCGACAGCGAGAGAUUUAACGAAGAAAAUCGAAUCGUUCUCGAAGGGAAUCAUCGAAACGUUGAAGUUUGAAAAGAGAGCAACGAAUCCUUUCGAAUUUGAAAUUGAAAUCGGAGCGACGGAGAUCAAUCCGAAGGAUUUGCUGGAAGAGAAUGAUCUAAAUGAUAGGAAUGUGAAGAACGGGAAGUUCGCUAAGAUGAACGGGAACAACCGGAUAAUCGGGAAUGAUGACGACAUCAGGAACUAUUUGAAUGAAGUCGCAGGGAAGUGCGAUGGAGAUGACGAUGGAUUUUCUCAGAUGAGUACCUCGGGUAUCCUUGAGUUAUUUGGUCUGAGGGACGCUAGUAUGUUUCAUACGCUCCUGCCGCUUGUGUUUGCCCAUAUUGGACCACUCGUCAACACAGAUCCAAGGAGUUGCGUCCAGAUUCUAAGCCUGAUUCGGGACAUUUUGCCCCAUGUGGCAGCUCUCAAUCAACUUCACGCUGCUAAGGACGCUGAGGAACCCGAUGGGGAGAACGUCGAUGUCAGGAAUAGAAAUCAGGAGAGUCUAGAGGGUCCUUUAUUUGACCUAUGUACUACUAGUAAACACUAUUGCACGGUAGAGAGCGAUCAUCCAUACAAGAGUGCCAUGAUCAGUAGCUACAAAGUAGAAUUCCCGCCAACGGUUCAUUGGUUCUCCAUUGAAUUUGAUCCACAAAGUGGAACAGCUCAACCUGAGGAUUCCCUGCUCCUGUCCAUCCCUCAGGCUCGACUAGCAGCUUCAAUUGUACGUGGUGCACAUCAGUGCGAGGAGAGUAUGAACAGCAGGAAAAGUGUCGAUGUCAUUGCAAGCUAUUCCUCCAUCAAUGAUGACAAUGCCUGGAAUAUCUUCAAUCAGCGAUCAGCAGAUGACGAAAAUUGGAUUGUGGUGAAGAAAUUCAAUACUCCGUCUCAGUGGAAUCAAAAUUCUAUAAUACUCCCUGGAAAUUGUCUCCAACUCUCACUGGAGACUGCCACGAAUUAUCUGCAUGAUCAGCAAGCCAAUCGUUACGGGUUCAAGUGCUUAAUUGUUGGCUAUGAGAAUCCAUCCAUGGAGAAGUUUCCCAAUUCGUGUCUCAUUCGAUUGGAACACGAAUUGGCUUAUCUGGGUGGGAUGUGUAGUGCUAAUUUAAUGAAAAAGGAUUUAGUGUUGCCUGGAGAUAAGUGCGAUGAUCUUUCGCCGAUUAGUGAAACUCUGAAGAAUCAUGCAGCUCUCCUGGGAAAAGGAUUUGCUCUUCCGGACUCGAUGUUGACGAUCAAUCAAGCUCUGGAUUCACAUCUGCCAAUUGGAAGUCACUCCAAUGAGCGACAAUUCCUCAAGGAUUUUGUCACUUGUGCUCCAGGCUCUUCAGGAGCUAGAUUGGCUGCCUGGCUUCAGCCUGAGCCUCGUCUGGACACGAAUAAGUGUGAAUUGAAGCCAAUUGCUGAGCCAAUUCACUAUGGUUGGCCUACGCAAUUGACUGUCGUGACACGUGAUCAGUAUGGGGAUCUUGUCCUUGUGGCAGAUCUUCGGGUUGAGAUUACGGCUAUUCCGGUGGAAGCGACAGGGAAUGGGGGAAGGAAGAUGCGUAGAAUGUCCUUUUUGAGUAGCAAUGAUUUGGCUCCUCCACCAAAGGUUCCCUAUGAACCAACCAUGAAGGAUAGGAUGUGCUACAAGGCAAUAACUUUCAUGAAAGCUUAUGAAGAGUAUUCAUUUGAGGAAUUGAGAUUUGUCAAUCCCAUUCAGACGAGGAUUGUGGAGACACUGCUGGCAAAAGAUAUGGAAGAUGGGACUUUUGGGGUGGCCUGGACGCCAAAUUCUGUGGGAAAUUUUUGCCUGACCGUGAGUGUUGAUGGGAUUCCGUUGGAAAAUAUAACAAGGGUUGAAGUUAAGGAGGCAGGAAUUCCUCCGCCUCCGUCGAAUAUCAAGAGAGUUGAGCCUCCGAAUAAAUUAAGGAGGUUCCGGACGAAGAAUUCUGCAGGAUUGAGAAUUCGGGCACACCCAACGCUCCAGUCUGAGCAAGUGGGAAUCAUCAAGAUGGACGGGAUUAUCUCGUAUAUCGAUGAAGUGGAGAAUGAUGAUGGGGUUUGGGUUAGAUUAAGCACGGAAUCUAUAAGGCAACACUGCACAAAUGCCUGGUAUCCGACGGAAGCCUGGUGUUUGCAGUACAAUCAGCAUUUGGGGAAGAUGCUCCUGCAUCCGGUUAUUGAGCCCACUGUCACUAAAAGCGUCCUCGAGAGGAUCCGGAAAAACAGUGCCAAUGACGCAGAAUCCUUCGAUCCGGAAACCAUCAUUGAGCCUCAGCCAAAGCUGAAAAUCAACUCGCCUAGCAAGAAAGGCUUUGAUUUCUUCAGCUCAAACAAAUUUACUCCUCCCCUGACCACAGAUCUCCCCCCAGCCAGUGGAAGUCCCUUUGUUUUCCAAUCCAAAUCCUCCGGGAAGGGAAGCUUAGAAAGACAGGCAAAAUCCGAUGCCGCUUCCUUUCCCGCUGAGGCUUCCACUUCCAAAGAAGACUCUCCACGUUCCGGAAACCUAUCUCAGAGCCCUAACCAAGGGACAAACAUUAGCUCAACCAUUGCAGGAGUUGUAGGUGGAGGCGCUAGCAAACUCCAAGCACUGAGCAAGUGGUUCAAGGGGGACAGUGUCGAAGGGAAAGAUUUCACAAGAAGAAAGUCGGAUUUUCAUGAAUUUGCCUCGGUUUCUGUGCGUGACAUUGUCAAGGCGAUCGGUGGUCAGGAUUCGGGGAAGAGCAAUGGGAAUGGGAUGACACCACCAUGUGGCAGUCGCUCUUCCAGUCCAGUUGCCAUUCCCAAACAGCCGCCAGAUCAGGCGGGAAGAGUGCAAAAUGCUGAAGAUUUUUCAAGUGCCAGUCCGGAAGAAUCCUCCGGCAAAAUGGCAGAAAGUGCAGAAUUUUCAGGAUCUCUCUAUUCGGGGAACUUUGCAAUUGGAUCCAAUGUGAGUGGAAAUGCUGAGGGAUCAUCACCAAAAAGGAGUCCCAGGAAAUCGAGGAAUAGGAAACUAUCACCAGGAAUACAACAAUUAAGUGCCACUGAUAGAGACACUCCGAUUAAUCAAAUGCCCAGCAAUGAUAAGUCCGUGAGUUCAGGGGAAGCCACUGAUGUGGAAAUUCCCAUGAGGAAUGCUGUGCCCAAAAAAGCUCUUCCUCCGGCUCUGGCUGAGAGUCUAAGGGCAGUUUUUGCGGCAUUUCUCUGGCACGAGGGAAUUGUCCAUGAUGCCAUGGCAUGUGCGUCAUUCUUGAAGUUUCAUCCGACCCUAUCGAAGCAGGGAGCGGUAGUGGUGACCAGAGGAGAGGCCAAAGAUGCCUCCCUGACGCGAGAACAGAAGGCCCAACAGAGGCAUUCGGUGGAAGUGGCCAAUGCGGGCAAUUAUCUCAAUAUUCGACCUUCCACUUUGGAAGCUCUGGCCAAAUCGGGCAAUUCCUCAGUGCACAAUCGUCGGAGGGGGGAUAAAUGCAAGUUGCACUCCCUUCCGGAAAUUGUGACAGUUCUGCCUCCGGCUCUGAGGUGCCUGGUUUAUCUCUGGGAGCAAUUGUGCCUGAACUGCGUGCAAUUGGUGCAGAGCAAUGCAGUGGCAUCGUUUGGGGAUCAACCGACCAAGGAGAGUCCUCCCAAUCGAUCAGCCAGGGAUAUUUUUGGGGAAUUCAAUUGUGAAUCCCGCAAAGGGAGGAAGAAGAAGAAGGAUGAGGGUAGUUACUGCGAAAUGUGUGAGAUCUUCCUCCCAAUUCCAGUCACCUAUCACAUGAGGGUAGUUCAUCCGGGCUGUGGGAAGUCAGCCAAUGGAAAAGGGUACAAUUCCGUCGGGACUUACUGCAAAGGUUGGGCAGGAAAUUGUGGCGAUGGCGGCAAAGGGGCAACCAGUUGGUAUUUGUUGUGUGAAAAAUGUCGGGAUAAGAAUCUUCCUGGGCAGAAGAAUAUCAAUCUGAAUUGUUCGCCGCAGCAGUGUCAGGGGGAUAAACUUGAGAGUUUGUUUGGCCUCAAAACGUCUCUCAUUGUUAACUCAGAUAUUUACACGAUGAUGAAGGAGAAUGCGCUAUUUCUGCUUGAGCUGUCGUCCAAUGGCAUCGGCAGCUUGACGGCAGAUCAAAAGAGAUCUCCACAGCAGAUUCCCAUCAUGACGGAGGAUCAGGUCAAUCAGCUGACCAGUGAUAUGAAUAGGCCCAGCACGAGUCGCGGGGACGGAGGAAGGGAGAAUUUCAAUCAGAAGAUGAUGCACCGUCUCAGUGGGAUUAGGACAUCACCGAGAGAGGCUAAAAUGGGAGGGAAUCAGGGACGUGGGAUUCAUGGGAAUUCGGGUUGUCUGUCGCCGGAACUUCUCUGGCCAGCUCCGGAAAUGUUCUCGUGCCUGGAAUCAUUGGGAGCUUCCCUGAGUGAGGACAUCCUCUACAACAUGUUUGAGUACAAUUCCGGGGACAAUGGAUUCGACAGGCCACUGUCGGACAUUUCGUUUGACUCGAUCGAUCAGACAGGAACUGAUAUUCUUGGACAACUCAAUACAUCGUCCAACAUGAAGUUCCACCGGAGCUUUUCAAUGGGUCAAGGGUGGAAUGGUCAGGCACGCAAUUACAAAUUCUACGGUGGGCAAAAUCCAGAGGUGUCCAAUAAUCAAGUUGAUGGUGGAUCGCGUGUCAUUCUGCGACGCCGGAAUAAUUCAACAUGCGACAAUGAUGCCGGAUCUCUGUUACUCUGCUAUCCGUCGAAUAAUUUGAGAAAGUUGGUGCCUGAGGAAUUUAUUGGGGCUUCUUGUGUGGUUCAGCAGGGUUUAGGGCAGCAGCAGCAGCAGGCUCAGGUUCAGACAGCUGCGGCUGUGGAUGAACUUGAAGGGAAUACCAAUGUCAAUGCUGAGCAGAUGGGGAUGGGUGCGGGGAAUGGGGGGAAGAAGAAGGAGGGAGGGUCUGUGGCGGCAUGUUUGAUGUCCAGACCCGUGAUGAUGUUCAUCCUGAAGCAGCAUGAUCUGGUUAAGUUGAGAUUUGCCAUGAAGAGAAGCCUGAGAGUGGCUACUUGCAGGAUUUAUUCCCUGCAGGCUCUGAAUUGGCUCAUGAGAACUGUUACUCAGACAAUUUGUCUUCAUGACCUUAUGUGGUGGUUUGUGACUUCCCUGACGCCCGUGUCGGAGGAAUUGAGGAUUGAGUCAGAUGGGGAGAUUGCCCUGGAACAUCCUGUGUCCACAACUCAACUCAGUGGACAUGUUUCUUCUGUUCUGACUCAGAGUUUGCAUGCUUUUCUGCAAACUGUUGCAGAUCUAACAUUGCUCUUGCCAGCUGGAUCAUCCCUUCAGCGAACGGCAAUUCAGUGCUUUGGGAUUAGGUUUAGGCAGGCUGAUCAUCAGUUUCUGCACAGAUCGAGGGUUUUUGGGAAUAUCUCGAAGAUUCUGUCCAGAUCGGAUGAACAGAAUGAGAAUAUGGUGCUGUCCUCGACAAUUGCUCUGCAAGAGUCCAAUUGCAAUGUCCAGAAUGGUGGAACGAGGAUCAGUAGUUUGAUGGAUUUGCAGGGAAUGUUUGAGUUGACAGUGUCCUCCAGGCAAGCCAUGGUAGGAGCUCUCCUGGACAAUUCCACAGAGACUUUCUGGGAGAGUGAUGAAGAGGAUAGGAACAAGUCCAAGAUCAUUGAUAUUUCCAUAAGUAAGCUCAAUUAUGUCUGCAGGCAGAUUUUUGUCCACAUUGACAAUAGCCGGGACAUUGGGAAUAAAGUGCAGAACAUUAUGUUCUAUGCUGGACAAUCCCUCGGAGAUACCAAUCUCCUGAAGAGUGUGGACAUUGAGGGAGUGGCUAAUCAGGGAACUUGGAUCUCAGCAACUGUCCGGGAGGAGUGUUCAACGCAUUUUCGGCUGGUGCUGAGUGGACAGGAUCCAACGCUCCGGGUCAGGAGUAUCCGGCUAAUGGGAUAUCCUCUCUUGGAAGAUAAAUUCACAGCGUUGAAACAUAACUUAAAACUGACAAAUUCCCUGCAGAUUCAGCACAGAAAUUGUGAAGCAGAAACCCUAAGAGUUUUCAGGCUAAUCACUGGCCAGGUCUUUGGAAAACUGAUCCUCGGAGAGCAGCAAGAUUACCCAGCGGAAACCUACGCAGCAGUUGCAAUGGAAGCCAGUGGAGCAAGUCUCCAGGCAGAUUCCCUGGACAUGAGGGAGCAUAUGGUGGGAAUUCUCUUCAGUCGAAGUAAACUGUCCCAUUUGCAGAAGCAAGUCAUUGUUCACAUUGUCCAUGCCAUCCGGAAAGAGGCACAGCGUUCCAAGGAAGAAUGGGAAGCUGUAAAUUCCGUGGCUCAGAUCGAUGGGAAAAGUGACGUUAGCAGUGAAAAUUCUCGUCCUCCCGACACUUACUGCUUCGAAAUGCUAAGUAUGGUCCUUGCACUGUCCGGAAGUACCGUUGGCAGAUCCUACCUCUCCCAUCAGUACGGUCUCCUCAAGGAUCUCCUCACUCUCCUGCAUACAGGAAGUGAUAGAGUUCAGAGGCAAGUUACCGCUCUGCUCCGGAGAAUGCUUCCGGAAAUCUCUCCGGACAGCCUUGGAGAUCUUCUGGGGAUCACAAAAAUGCCUCCAACGGACUUUAGUAUUGUCAAUCAGGCCGGAGGGGAUUUUGACAUGAAGCGUCUGGGGAUAAUUGACAUUUUCCUGGCUGUUGUGGCCAAAUCACUGCAGUUGCAGGUGAAAGUGAAGAAUACAACGGUGAUCAAUGGUACUCCGGGAGCAAAUAAAAAUCCCCCGGUCGUCAGGCUUUCCCACUGCAUUGACUUCAAUAUUCACAAUCUCAGAGGAUCACUGGAACGCAGGGAGGAGUUUAUUGAUUUCGGGGACAGUAGCUGGGAGGAGGGAGAUCAGUCGGCUAUUGAGGAGGUCCAUGAGCUCGAGGAGGAUAGUCAGAGGUAUGAUGUGAAGAGGAGACCGAAGGAGGAUGUGAGGAAUGUCAAUCAGAGAUGGUUCCUCAAGGGAAGCAUCUCGGUGAAGCAAGCAGAGAACAUCAUUAAUCUCAUCCGGGAUAUGGCGAGCGGAAAACUGACAGAGAAAUGGUCACUGGUCACAAAGGCAGCAAUUGCCGAGUCCAUUCUCAAUCUCACGCGUCUCGAUGAAGUGUUCAGAAAUCCGGAGAAUUGCAUCAAAACUGCGACUCUCUGGCUGGCUCUGGCGAGUCUCUGUGUCCUGGACACUGACCAUGUGGAGCGUCUAUCGUCUGGACAGUGGUCAAAGACAUCCGAGAGUCGUCCCUUGUGCUCCAAUCACGAUGACGGACUGACUCCGGCUGUGAUUCAGUGUGACACUUGUGGAAGUCUCUGCUGCGACUGCGAUAGGUUCCUGCAUCUCAAUCGCAGGACUCGGUCUCACCAUCGAACCGUGUGCAAGGAGGAAGAGGAAGCCAUUCGGGUGGAGUUGCACGAGAGCUGUGGCAGAACAAAGUUAUUCUGGCUUCUGGCUCUGGCGGACUACAAGACACUAAAGGCGAUGGUUGAGUUCCGGGAUGGGAGCAAUACGAUAAUUUCUGGGCCUCUGGGAGCUGUUGGUAGAUGCAGAUUCUGCGGAGUGACUGGGAAUACGGGACUGUUGGCUGUGGGCAAUGUCUGUGCCGAUGCUCAGUGUCAGGAGCAUGCAGCAGUUGCUUGUGCAAAGAUCCGACCAUGUGGUCAUGCGUGUGGUGGAGUUGCAGGUGAAUCCAAGUGUCUGCCAUGUCUUCAGCAUCUCUGUGCCUCCAGGGAGAAUGAUCAGGCGGAAUCGGCACGGGAACCACGAUUGACACAAGAUGCCGAUGACAUGUGCAUGAUCUGCUUCACCGAAGCGCUCUCCUAUGCUCCAGCCAUUCAGCUGGACUGCGGACAUGUUUUUCACUUCCACUGCUGCAAGGCUGUUCUCACGAGGCGCUGGACUGGUCCGAGGAUCAGUUUUGGCUUCUCCCAGUGUCCCAUCUGCAAGGGGGACAUCCAGCAUUCUCUGCUCACGGAUAUCCUGGAGCCCAUCAAUGCCCUCAAGGAGGAUGUCAAGAGGAAGGCCAUCAUGAGGCUGGAGUACGAGGGCAUUGAGAAUAUGUCAGCAGACAGGGAUCUAACGCAGCAUGCCAUGGAUCGAUAUGCCUACUACGUCUGCUACAAGUGCCAGAAGGCUUACUAUGGAGGCGAAGCUCGGUGCGAUGCUGAAAUUGGGGACAACUACGAUCCCCAGGAGCUGGUUUGUGGGGGUUGCAGUGACAUUGCCAGAGCGCAAAUGUGUCCCAAACACGGAACAGACUUCCUGGAGUACAAAUGUCGCUACUGCUGCUCCGUGGCUGUCUUCUUCUGCUUCGGAACCACUCAUUUCUGCGACACGUGCCACGAUGACUUCCAGCGUCUCACUAAUAUACCAAAGAACAAACUUCCACGCUGCCCAGCCGGUCCCAAGGCCAAGCAGCUCCUGGGUGAAGAUUGUCCGCUGCACAUUGUCCAUCCGGCCACGGGAGAGGAAUUUGCUCUGGGCUGUGGCAUCUGCCGCAAUGCUCAGACCUUCUAGUCGGUAAGUCUUUCGCCCUUCCCAAUACUGAAAGCCACUCGAGGCUCUUAGCAGAAGCAUUAGUUGCGACAUUUUAUUAGAUUAAUCCGUAGAUUAUUUGUAUGUUUAGAUGUUUCUAUUUUUGCUCUAAUCAAAUGCCAUUUUUACUGUGAUCCUCAAAAAAAAAAAAACAAGGGGGAUUGCACAAAGCCAGAAAUAAUUUUAAUAGAUUUUAUCAGAUGGAUUUGUGAGUGAAAAACUCAAAACUUUUGCACUUACUUUCACUAAAUCGAUGAUGCACUCCAAUUUUAUUCUGAUCUUUCGGACAAUUAAUCACUGUGGUAUUAUUGAUGUAUUUUUAAAUAUGUACGUAGAAAUUAAUAAAAAAAAAGAGGACGUUAACUUUGGAAAUUGUUGUCACAGAGAAAUUUAAGCAGAGAAAAAAAGUCGUAAAUGUACUUAAUAUUUUAAGGAUGAAAUAAAUAAAUAUUCAAUGAUAUUCCAUAGAAAAA